AUGUCUUCUUCCAUUCUUUUCGCCGCCGGCCUUCUUGUCGGCGCUGCUCAGGCCUAUACCCAGGUCAACGUUGCCACCCCCUUCAUGCUCAAGAACAUCGAUCCCAUUGUCUUCCCCGGCCAGCAUGGCAAGUCCCAUCUGCACUCGUUCUUCGGCUCCGACGCCGUCACCGUCGACACCAAGACCAGUGCUGAGCUGCAGAAGGGCUGCACCAACGCCGAGAACCCCAACGAUCUGUCUGUCUACUGGAUCCCCACGCCUUUGUACACUGCCGAUGGAACAAACUUCGAGCCCAUCCCUGUUAUGCGCUUCAGCGCCUACUACAACCUCGGCGAGACACCCGCUGAGAUCGCCAUCCCCCAGAACCUGAAGAUGGUUGCUGGAGAUGCCACCGCCAAGACCCAAGCUGAUAUGCCCUCUGAUGCCAAGGCUGAGUGGACUUGCGAGAGCGAGUCUAUUCCCAUCGGUGCCAACGGCUUCCCCACCUCUACCUGCAGCACCCAUCUGCAACAGCUCCUCUACUUCCCCCAGUGCGUCAACGAGGAGACCCUCGAGACUGCCUACAAGUCCCGCGACUACGGCACCGCCAACUGGUGUCCCGAGGGCAGCAAGUCGAUGCCCCAGCUGCGCUUCAGCAUCCGCUACGACCUGCGCAAGGUUCUCCCCAACGGCUGGAGCGGCGAAGCCCCCGUCAAGCUUGCAUGUGGUGACGCAUGGUGCUCCCACGGCGAUUUCAUCAACGGCUGGACCGAGGAGGCUGCUACCAACAUGAUUGCCACCACCAAGGAGAAGCAGCACUUCGCCGCUGUCACGGGUGCCCUCGGAGAGUACAACGCGGGCCCUCAGUGCGAGUCGCAUGAUGCCGAUCCUUCAAACGGUACCAGCGAUUACAACGAGAGUGUUGCUGCUAUGAGCAAGCGGGAUGUUACUGCCUGGGGAUGGAAGUCCAAGGCUCGUAUGGCUCGUUCUGCCUAA